CUAUACUAUACUAUAAGAGUCUAUACUAUUGUUGUAAAUAAAAAACACUUCUCAUAACUCCUGAAGAAUAAACAGAAGAAGAAUAAUAAUAUCCGUCCGUCCGGUCAGCGAUUGUUUGGAUCAAUCAAUCAGUGGUUAAACCACAACAACUGCUGAACUGAUAGACAGAUAGACAGAGAGGAAGGGAAGGGAAAGUUAAUACACACUAAACAAACCUCUUUAGAUCCAAUUGACUGACAGACAGACAGACUGAGAGGAAGGGAAGGGAAAGUUAAUACACACUAAACAAACCUCUUUAGAUCCAAUUGACUGACAGACAGACUGAGAGGAAGGGAAGGGAAAGUUAAUACACACACACUUAACAAACCUCUUUAGAUCCAAUUGACAGACAAACAGACAGACAAUCACAACAACAACAACAACUAAGAUAUGACCAUCGAUGACAAGAUCACAGCAACUACCACCGGGACAGCCGUCGUCGCCGCCGCCGCCGCCGCCACCACUCCGACAGUGAUCACCGAAUUGGUUGUCUUUGAUUUUGACGAAACAAUAGUCGACUGUAAUUCGGAUACGUUUAUCAAUGAGUUGGCACCCGAUGGCGGCCACAUACCCGACGAAUUGUAUGCGGAAUUUUUGCUGAACAAUCGUUGGACCGAAUAUAUGGCCAAAGUUUUAGGUUAUUUGCAUUCGCGAGGCGUUCGCGAAUUGGAUCUUCGGCAGUGUUUGAAACGUAUGCCGUUUCUGGUCGGUAUGAAAGAUCUGAUUACCAAAUUGUCGGCGACCUCAGCAGCAGCGGGUCCGGCAGUGGCGGUACCAGUGGUUAACGAAAACAAUGAACAACGAAACUACGAGUUGAUUAUCAUUUCGGACGCCAACAGUGUCUUUAUUGGCCACUAUCUAGAGUUUAAUCAAUUGGAUAAAGCGUUUCGUAAUAUAUACACAAAUCCGGCCACGUUUGACGAUACGGGUUGCCUGAAACUAACCGAAUACCAGUACCAGAACUGGUGUACAACCUGUGCCCGUAAUCUAUGUAAAGGUCAUGUACUCGAAGAACACAUCAAACGUCGGGCAAUGGAAGACAAUCAGUCCUAUUCGCGAAUCUCUUAUGUCGGCGACGGCAGUAACGAUGUCUGUCCAGCUCUGAGACUCGGACCAAACGAUCGGGUAUUUGCCCGACACGGCUAUCCAUUGGAUAAACGAUUGGCCAAUAAUGCCGAUCUGAAGGCCAAACGCUAUCAGUUUAACAAUGCUAACGAUAUUAGCGCUCAAAUGUUUUGAGACUUAACUACUUAACUAAUUAUUAUUAUUAUUAUAGUUAUAGUUAUUUUAUGGGAAAUUACCCCGGUACCUAAAAAUUAAUAAUUAAAUUUUUAAAAAAUAUAUAUAUAUAUA